AUGGAUGAAGUGGAUAUAAUACCUGAACAAAGUCCAACUGACAUUGUACGAACAAAUCAAUAUUCAAUCAAUGAUGACAGUAAUGAUUUAAUACCGACUUAUCUUCCACGAUUAGCUGAACCGAUCAUAAUCCGGGGUGCUGGCCAUGUCACGGUUUUUGCAUUGAAUAAUAAAUUCGACGAAGAAUAUCCGCAAGCACUCACACAUAAAGUAUCAAGAGAUGAAUACCAAGAAACGAUCAAACGCGUCAAUCUCAUACUGAGAAAAAACGUUCCGAUCAAUUUUAAAUGGUUACUUUGCGGUUGCAUUUGCUGUUGUUGUACAAUCGGCCUGUCAUUAUGUCCUGUUCUAUGUUUGAAUAAACGUUCAAAAAACGCUGUAAGUAAAGUUCUCGAUUGGGAAAAUGCACGGCUCUAUCACAAACUUGGCUUGCAUUGGCGUUUAACAAAACAGAAAUGUCCAAAUAAUGCUGUACAAGAGUAUGUUCUCAUGAUUGAAUUUCGUCCACCUUUAUCACUUUCCCAUCCGGAUUAA